CUGCCCUGCGCCGUGCUCGCCUACGGCGGCCGCUACACGCUGCGCCUCGACCCCCCGCAGCAGCUGCCGGAUCGUUCGCUCGACGUGCGGUGGCCGCGGCCCGAGCUGGCUCUGGAGCCGUCGCACAUCCAGACGUUCCCCUCGCAGCCCGUGUCGGCCGCCGUGCAGUUCGCGCGCACAGCCUGCGCACCCGCCACCGGCUUCGACUUCCCUGACCUCUGGCUGCAGCUGCUCUUCUGCGGACACACCAAGCAGAACUGCCACGUGGCCAACGUAACGCGCACACAGGUGCUGUUCCGGCGGCAGGUGAAGGGCUACCCCGAGCGCGUGCUGCUGACGCUGGCGUGCGACCUGUUCGGCAUCGCGGGCUACUACGCGCUCACACUCACCGAGGCCGCCAAGUCCGGCAUUCAGCUCCUCGUUGGCGAUCCUGCUUAUCUUAAGGCGGCGUGGAGCGACCAGUUCGUGUUCAACGUGCACGCGCGGAGCGUCUUCCCGUGCGAGGACGGCGUGUCGGUGCUGUUCCAGUACCCGGAGUGCAUCCUCGCGUCGGCGGACCGCAUCCGCGUGUUCGCGCGGCUGCGCGCGGACGUAGCGUCUGUGGCGCCGCCGUCUACGCUGGUGUACGCGGCCGAGGCGCGCGUGACGCGCGGCCAGCACGCGCUGCGCUUCCCCUGCUCCGUCUUCUCUGAGCGCUACGUGGAGUACUGCUUCGUCUACGUCAGCCAGGCCGUCACCGGCGCCGUCUCCGACCUGCGCGUCGACUGCGUGCCCACCAUGCCCGUGUCUGAGGGCGAGGCCGGCAACUGGGGAGCGUGGAGCGCAUGGUCAGCCUGCUCCGCGACGUGCGCCGGAUCGCGCAACCGCUACCGUAUCUGCGACAACCCGCCGCCCAGAUACGGCGCCAAGUUCUGCCAGGGCCGCGGCUACGAGUCGGAGUCGUGCGGCGCGGAGGACUGCGCGGACGGCGCGCUGGAGCCGGGCCCGGGCUGCCGCUGCGGCGGCUGCCAGCUGCGCGUGCGCGACGGCGCCACCGCCAGACUCGCCGCCUCCUCCACCAGCUGCCCUGGCCGCAGCCUCUGGCUGCUGCAGGCGGACGACGGCUGGGUGCUGAAGCUGACGUUCGAGCACGUGGUGCUGCCGUGCGGCUCGCACUGGCUCAAGGUGCGCGACGGCGACUCGCUGUCGGCGACGCUGCUGGCGCAGCUGAGUGGCCGCCCGCACGUGCCGCUCACCGUCAUCUCGGAGGGGCCCUUCCUGCUCAUCGAGUUCUUCUCCGACGUGCCGCUCGCCGUGCUGGGCUGCAGCGGCAGCUUCGUCGCUCGCGCCACUCCCCUCUCUUCCGGCAACGAGACGGGCGUCGCCGUGGCGGGAGCGGCGGCGUCGCAGGCGGCGGCUGCGGGAUCGGCGGGAGAGGCGGGCGCGGGGGCGGCGGGGGCG